GCUGCGCGCGGCGCUGUCAGUCAGGGCUGAGCCCCGGCCCCGGGUGAUGUCAGUGGAUCAGCUGCUGCCGCUGUUAUAACAAAGCGCCGAGCGCUGAAGGAGGAGAGGAGAGAAGAGGAGGCAAGCCAGCAAGCAGGCAGGCAAGCGCGUCCAUCCCUCCUCGCCGAGGAAGCGGCCUCGAGAGCAAGAGAGCCAUGGACAGUGACGAGGAGACGCUGGAAGAGACCGUCGAGGGAACUCUUGAUGAUGAUGGGAUGCCACAUGGAUUCUGUACAGUCACAUAUUCAUCCACAGACAGAUUUGAAGGUAACUUUGUCCACGGAGAAAAGAAUGGCCGUGGAAAGUUCUUUUUCUUUGAUGGAAGCACUCUAGAAGGAUAUUAUGUUGAUGAUGGUCUGCAAGGCCAAGGAGUGUACAAUUAUGAAGACGGAGGGGCUCUCCAUGGCACCUAUAUGGAUGGCGAACUGAAUGGGCCAGCACAGGAGUACGAUCCUGAUGGACGAUUGAUAUUCAAAGGGCAAUACAAGGAUAACAUUCGCCAUGGGAUUUGUUGGAUAUACCAUCCAGAUGGGGGUCACCUGGUUGGAGAGGUUAAUGACGAAGGAGAGAUGACUGGAGACAAAAUAGCUUAUGUAUAUCCUGAUAAGAAGACAGCCUAUUAUGGACAGUUUAUCGAUGGUGAAAUGAUAGAUGCAAAGUUGGCAACUCUUAUAUCCGUAGAAGGGGGAAAGCCACAAUUUGAAGUACUACCUGGCAGCCCAGUAUACAGUUUUGAUAAAUCUACUUCAUCCUGCAUUUCUACAAAUGCACUUCUUCCUGAUCCUUAUGAAUCAGAGAGGGUAUAUGUUGACACAUCUCUCAUUUCCAGUGCUGGGGAAGGGUUAUUUUCUAAAAUAGCAGCUGGAUCUUACACAGUCAUGUCCUUUUACAAUGGUGUACGAAUUACACACCAAGAGGUGGACAGCAGGGACUGGGCGUUGAAUGGAAACACGAUAUCCCUUGAUGAUGAAACAGUCUUAGAUGUACCAGAACCCUACAACUAUGUAUCUAAAUACUGUGCCUCCCUGGGACACAAAGCAAACCACUCUUUCACACCAAACUGUAUCUAUGACUCAUUUGUUCAUCCUCGAUUUGGGCUGAUUAAGUGCAUUCGUACAACUAGAGCUGUGGAGAAAGAUGAAGAAUUAACAGUAGCUUAUGGAUAUGAUCAUAAUUCCACAGAACAAAAUGGCCCAGAAGCACCUGAGUGGUACUUAGUAGAACUGACAGCCUUCCAGGCAUCACAGAAAAAGUGAAAUGCAGACAGCUCCCCUGUUCAUAAAACUGGAUCUAUGCACUCCCCUUGACAACUGGAAUCAGGACGCCAGGGAUUGUUCUCUAAAUCCUUCACUCUGUGUCAGAGAGGGGUGGUUUGAUUGGUUUUUUUUUUUAGCAUUCUAACAGGUUUGAACUGUUACCUUAGAAUAAUUUUUAAAACUUUAGCCAGUGUUGUGAAAUAACUAUUUAAUACACUAUAGGAAACAGUGUGGUUUUCUUUGGCAACUAUUCUGUAUUACAUGCAAAGUUGUUGAAAUCUAAAAAAAGAGUAUAAAAAGACUGAGGGGCUUGCCUACGCCUACAGUCUAAUUGUUCCUGUGCAACUAUAUUUUGUAUACUUGCCAUUUUGUGAUGGUAAUACAAUUGUGCUGUUUUUUAAUCUACUAGAAAAGUAGCAUCAAUUUUUGCUCUUACAACUUUUGAGACUAAUGUUUUGGAGCAGUUUCUGUUGUGGUGCACAGGAGCUGGGCUUUUGCAAAUCCUGCCUCUCUCUUAGCACCGUCAUUUUCUUAAAGGUGUACACCGCACAAAAGAUUGAAGCAACAAUGUUCUGUGUAGGUUCUUAUGGUUCUGUGGACAAAUUAAUUAUAGAAAUGUGCCUAAAGAAACCAUAGCCGGUGGAACUUGAAUUAUGAUAAUCACACUCAAAUAAUUUCUUGUUGUGUGGUAGUUGUACGUGUGUGUGUGUAAAUAUAUUAGGGGUUUUUUAAAUUUAAAAGGUUAAAAACAAAACAGAGAGUAAAUCUAUUACGUGUAGAAGAAGCAUUUAGUAUUGCAAAAAGAGAUUUCAUGCUUGUUGAAUCUUCUUUCUUCUUUUCCUGCCUUGAAGUGGGAUUUGUGUUUAUAUUCCCAGGGUGUCUGGAUGGGGCAAAUUUAUUUGAUGGAUGGGAACUGAUAAAUAAUGAAAGAAGCUGCAUAAAGCUUUGCUUAAUUUAUAGUCUGUGGUCUAAAAUGGCAGACAUCUAAAAGAGAUUAGAAAGGUUAAAGGCAAAAAACCUGAAUAACUACAGUAAAACUAAUUAUGUUUAUGUAUGUGUCAAAUCCCUUUUAUGGGAAUGAUGAAAUACACCUUAUAAUUCUUAACUAGCCUUUAUCUCAAACCACUAUAGGAAGAGCUCUCAAAGGUCUGUACAUCAGUUAUAAUGCUGGCAUUUGUUUUAUAAAAAGAAUAGAUUCUAAAUAUUUGCAAUACAUUAACAAAUUAUGGACAUGAUAAUGUUCCCACUAGUUGGAGUGUGUCUGUCUUUGCAUGUGGCAUUAGAAGGAAUCAUUCAGGCUUUUAGACUGCAAUGCUGUACAUGGUUUUUAUGGGAAUAUGGCUAUUGAACACAAUAGGACUGACUUCUAGAUGGAGAUGUGCCUAAUUGUCUUGUCACUUUUUGGUGCAGGCAAAAAACCUGUUGCAUAUAUUCUUUACCUGCAGGCAAGGUAGACAAAGUGAGGGACAGAGUACAGAACUAAAUAUAGAAGAGCAAAAAAGCAAAGGCAGUACUCAAAAGAGUACAAAAGAGGUUGGCAAAUUGAAUCCUUGUGUCCCAGAGAAACCUAUCUGCAAAUUACAUGUUUAUUCAUUUCCUAAUUUCUGUUUCACUUUGAGACUUAUGCUUGCUUCCUCCUGCUAUCACUCUCUGUCAUUCACCAUUCCUCAACCUGCAUUCAGGAUAGAUAAUUUUCUAACCUUAAAAACCAUAAAAAGCAUUAGAUUCUCAACAGGGAAAUAGUAUAAAGAUCAGCUAAAAAGUGGAAGUAGCAAUAGCAGCUGAGGGCUUCCAUGUUAGGUGAAUCUGUUCUGAAUUUUAAUCUAAACCAGAGUUUCUCAAACUGUUCUCCAGAUGUUUUAGAUUUUAGUUCCCACAAUUCCUAACAGCUGGUAAACUGGCUGGGAUUUCUGGGAGCUGAAGUCCAAAACACUUGGAGGAGCACAGUUUGAAAAAUAGUGAUCUAAACCUUUAAAGAACUAUUUGAAGUGCUGUGCCCUUUUCAAAAUAGGAUUGGCCCUUUGGAUAAUUGUUUUGAAGUUUGGACUAAAACCCAGAGUGGAUUUCCCACACCACUGACAUGGAAAUCAGCAGCCACCAUUGGAAGACUGGAAAAUUACUUUAGUAGUCAUGCAGUAUACUUGCUUUUGUGUUUUCACAGGCUUUAAUUCAAACCAUUUUAAAUGCAGGACCUUUCCGAGUUUUGAUGGUUAGGCUCACACAAUGAAUAAAAAUUUUACAAUGUUUUUAAAUGCCUGAUAUAUCAUGACAUAAAGGUUGUGAAUGGAAGCUUUGCCAAUUUUCCAGUUUUUCCCUUUGAUAAAUGCAGCCGUAUCAUUUCAGCUUAUUAAAGUAUGGAGAAUAAGGUUCACAGAGGAUAUUUCAUAAAUGCAGCUGGAACUUUGGAAAGCUGAUCUGACACCAGCUUGAAGAAGGCUGAAUUUCUAAUGCUGCUUUACAAAUUAGUCCAAAACCAAGCGGAAACGUGGAUUGCUGGUUUAUAAAUACAGUAUAAGCCCUGAAACACAACAGUUAUUUCUGUUAAUUUAUGAAAGUGUCUACAAAUGAGUAAUACUGAUUUUAAAGGAUCACUCUUUGGAUGUUGGUUCAAUAAGAUUAUUCAGUUAGCCAGAGAGGAGAGAUUUCUUGAGUAAUCCUUUAUGGAUUGUUUUGCAUAAAGUUCCAUUAGAUGUAAAACCCUGCUUUCAACAUUUGCUGUCCUAAAUCAAUUUAUUAAUGAGCAAGCCUUAUUUAACUCAUUGGGAUCAUUUCAGAUUAAACCUCUUUAGGACUGUGUGUAUAUAAUGUUACAGUUGUAGUCUGUUUCUAUUGUGACACGACUGUUAAAAUACAGAAAGAUUAGAAUAAUUCCUCUUUGUUGUAAUAAUUCCUCUAUUUUGCUAGUUUUUCUCUUCUAAUAGUGGAAUAUGUAUUGAUAUAUGUUUACAUUAUGAAAAAUCAAACUCCUAGACCAUCUACAUUACUAUAGUACACUUUAUAACAUAUGAUAAACAAGAUAUUUGUGGUUUUAAAAAAAAAAAACUUUGUAAUAUCUACCAAAGUUAUUUCAAACUACAGUAGAGUCUCACUUAUCCAAGAUAAACGGACCGGCAGAAGCUUGGAUAAGCGAUUAUCUUGGAUAAUAAGGAGGGAUUAAUGAAAAGCCUAUUAAACAUCAAAUUAGGUUAUGAUUUUACAAAUUAAGCACCAAAACUUCAUGUUAUGCAACAAAUUUGACAGAAAAAGUAGUUCAAUAUGCAGUAAUGUUGUGUUGUAAUUACUGUAUUUAUGAAUUUAGCACCAAAAUAUCAUGAUAUAUUGAAAACGUUGACUACAAAAAUGGCUUGGAUUAUCCAGAGGCUUGGAUAAGCGAGGCUUGGAUAAGUGAGACUCUACUGUACUUCUGAUACUUUCCAGAAACUGAUAGUGAAGUCCAUAAACACUCAGUAGCCAAAAAUACAGUACAGUUAUGUUCCCAGAAGUUUUGGGCUUGGAUGGAAUAUAGGCAAGAAUUCAGGCAUGGGCAAACUUCCAGCUGUUAGGAAUUGUGGGAGCUGAAAUCCAAAACACCUGGAGGGCCAAAGUUUGCCCAUGCCUGGGCAAGAUGAUCUAUUUUGUCCCGUACAGUCUGUACUCUGAUCAGGACUAUUCUGUAUUGGAAAACUCUGGUGAAUCUAUCUGACUAAUGUUCAUCAUUUUUAGAAUCUUCCAGGGAAAGAAAGUCCCAAAGUUGCCCUUGUAGUCUGCCUCUUAGGCUGUUUUCAAAAGUAGAAAGUAUUUAGACAACCUACCUAUCUGCUUUGCUGCAAGUUGAACCAACAAUCUUCUGCAUGAAGGUUUUUCUUUUGCUUUAUGACAGCCUUCUCGAUACUUGGCAAUUGCAGGGGAGUUUCCUUUCCAUUACCACCAGCUUUAACAUUUUCUCUACUGCAAUGCUAAUCAAGUAGUACCAUAUUAUAUCCCCCUUUUCCUUUUGGUGUGUGCAGUUGGACUUGGCUUUCAGUGGAAACAAUUACUUUCCUGAAAAACAGCCUUCCCACAUGCCUAAUUCAACUAUAUAUUAGUGAGAUUAUUUUUUUUAAAAAAAGCAAGAGUGUCUACAAGGAAACACAUGUUGAUUCUUUAUAAACUUUUGCCUUUUAUAUAUAAAGAGUGGAGCAUUUGUUUUCUAGUGUUUUCAUGCAAUUUAGAUGCUGACAUACCCUGUUGGGGAAACAGGAUAUUUCCUGAACCAGAAUAUACAAGACUAUUUAAUUAAAAGAAGUUUUGCAUGUUGAUACGGUAGUUCCUUUGAUGUUCUAAUACAAAAGAUUGCUUUGCCAGAUCAGAUCAAGAUCCAGCUUGUCUAUCAUUUAAACAAGACAUGUGCUAUGGACUCUACAUACUUAAUGGCCUAUUUUGGAAAGUAGCUCCUUACUUUCAGCCAAACUUAAGUUGUGUAGAAGCUUGUGAGGAGACGUAGAAAGAAAGAUGCCAUCUAUCUGUAUGGAAUCCCAAUGAGGUGAUUCCUGUAUAUAUUAUCUCCUUGACUUUCAGUAUAUUUUUAUCUGCAAGAAUGGGGGCAGUGAUUAUUUUAUCUUCAGUGUCCGUGCAAUGUUCCAUAAGAGACAAUGUUAUGUUAGUGGUGGUGCUAUAGAAUCCUUACCUGAAUGAGAAGAAACAAGUCUGUAGAAGCAAAUUGUCAAAAGUCAAAAGUCAGGCAACUUGAAAAAUGAAACAAUUGAAACUGAAAAGGGGUACAAUAUACAAUCGCCUUACCCUCUAUUCUGCAGACUUUCCUCCCUUUGUAAAUAAACAGUAUCUCUGUAAGCACUUUUAAAGGCCACUGCACAUCUUUUUUGAGCAAGUUCUACCUCCAUAUUUUGGAAAGCUGGGCUCAGAAGAAUUAGCAGAGCCUUUAAUAAUUUCUAAAUUAUUUUAGUUUGUAAUGUUGUAAUAUUCUAUGCAUACGGUACCUUUUUAAUCAGUUCUGUACGAGGCCACAAUGAACAUAAGUAGGGUUUGGCAGUGGACCUAAACAGACAAAUCAUCAUCAUCUUUAUUUAUAGUCCUCCCUAUUUCCCCAAAGGGACUCAGGGUGGUUUCCAACAAUAUGGCAACCAUUCAAUGCCAAAAGAAGACCAUACAAACAGUUUACAUCAGGACAAGGCACAUUAGACAAUAUAAACAAUCUAACUUUAACUUAAUAAACAAAAUGACGACAAAUAAAAUAAAGACUAAAAAUGAAAAUAAGAAAUAAAAAUAAAAUAAAAAACAUAAUAAAAUACAGAAAUCCUGAUAAAACGCACUAAAAAUUUUAUAUAUAUAUAUAUAUAUAUAUAUAUAUAUAUAUAUAUAUAUAUAUAUAUAAAACCGAGUAUAUCGAAACUCCAUCAGGUGAGGUUCAGGAGUCCAGUGGCUAGGAGGACUAAAAAGGACCUAAUCCACUAUAAAGGGACUGGGUGAGGGGUAGUGCAAACAGUGUAUCACAGGGCCUGGGAAGUGGGUGAAGUGCAGAACAGGUUACUAUCUGACGACUUAGGGACUGGGCCCAGAGACUAAUCCUUCUCGAAAGCUUGUUGGAUCAUCCAGGUUUUCAGUUCCCUAUGAAAUGAGGACAGCGGGGGCUUGCCUAAUCUCUCUGGGAAAGGAGUUCCAAAGCCGGGGGGCCACCACCGAGAAGGCCCUCUCCCUCGUUCCCACCAACAGUGCUUGUGAUGGUGGUGGAAGUAGGUGAAGGAAUGAUACAAUAACAAAAUAAGUUUGUUUCUAAGAACAUUGUAUUUUUUCUUAUGUUCAGUUGCUAUAGGAUUUUUUCCUCGGUUUAGGACACUGAUGCUGUCUGUGCCUCCGUUUUCUGCCAAGGAGUUAUGUCUCUUUUUAUCUGUCUUCUCUUUUUCUAUCACACAGAGAAAGAGAGAUUUUCUUCUAUUUUAUGUCGAUUGAUCCUAGAAGGUGCCAUAGAAUCAUGUGCCCUUAAGAUACAACAUGUUUACUGUAUCUAAACAAGCCCUUAGAUAGCAAGCACCCCUUAAAGGCUAUUGCCAUCUGUCUGAAUUUUUUUUACUAAUGUCUAAGAUUAUGUCAUGAUCUUGCCUCCAAAUAACCAUGGGGGAAUUGUGUUGUCGAAGGCUUCCAUGGCCAAUCUCUGGGUUGCUGUGAGUUUUCCAGGCUGUAUGGCCAUGGCCAUACAGCCCAGAAAACUCACAGCAACCCAUUGAGAGAAUUGUCAUUGUUCUUAUUCUGUACAUUUUUUUUCUCCUGAAUCAGAAAUCUCUGAACUUAGUCUGGGGCAGUGGUAGGUAUAAGGGCCAUAUCUGACUGCGAAUUUUUUCCAUCUGUCCCUUAAAAUUUCCAAGUUGGAACCUUAAAAGAUGUUUUUGCUGAUAAGCUGUCAAAAAGUGGAUGUACGGAUAGGCCCUGGCAAGCUAAACAUCAUCAAUGGAUUAUUAAGAGUUGUCUCUUAGUAUCUGGUGCAAUUACUACUUGAUGAGGGAUUCAUGCUCCUCAGUUGUUUUCCCAUUGUUUGAAUUGUGUUACUGAAUGACUUGUUUACAAACAUUUUGUUUUCAAAACAAAAAUAUAUUUACAACAUCUGUACCAGAGCAUUGCAGAACUGAUGGCCAAUGUCAGCAAAAUACAUAUGACUGCGCAAUACUUUUCUAAUCUAAUCUAAUCUAAUCUAUUUGUGCUAAAUUGGCCCUAACAUCAUUAGAUGCAAUAGCGCUGGUGUUUAGGACUGCUAAUUCACUAUCUGAUAGUUCAAUGAGAUACAAGAUGCUUGCAGAGGUUUUACGGUAAUUGUUACUUAUUGUCAUUACUGUCUGCAGCAAGAUGGUCUGGCCUUCCGUACAAAAAUAUUUUAAUGAAAAUUUACGAGACCUAUUUGCUACAGUACUUGCCUGUUUCAAAACAAUGACCUAUCUAAGCCAUAAGAUAUGGACAAGAGACAGGGUUUACUUUACAAGGCUGUUACAUGGUGUGCAUGUGUAUCGGAGUUGUAUGAAAAAUAUUUUUAUGACAGAAUACAUAUAUAAAUAUGACUAAGCCUAUAGUUACAUUUGUAAAUGUUUUUAUCAAUAACGUGGAAGUCCAAACAAACAGAUAAAAUAUUUUAAAGUUCAAAAAUUAAUAAGGAAAAUAGUCUGAGAGUAUGUGUCAUAUAACUUUGGAAUUUUUUAUGUCAAAUCUGACGUUUCUAAAUUAUGCUUCCUGCUGUUUCAUUAUUCAGUGAUGCUAGGCCAUAUGCUAAUGUUAGUUUAAUUGAGAGCACACGAAGAAAGAAAGCUGUUGUUAAAAAUGCUCACUUUUGCAGGAUUGUAGAUAGUUUUGCCAUCAACAUCAGAUAUGGAGCCACUAUGAAAAAUGCAUAGAUACUAAUAAGCCAAAUGCAUAAAAAUGUGUAGCCUCUUGUGUUUCAAACUCUAGACCUCUUAGUAGAAGAUAUGAGAGCACAUGAGAGUAAUGUUUUAUAACUGAUAUGAAAUAGUCCAAAUAAUUACAUAUAUUGGGUGUUUCCUAAUGUUGGUAUAACUGAUUCUCCCCAGCUAAAUCAUCAAUGAAUAGGAUUCCUCAGGAGUACUGACUGUAUCAUCCAAUAUUCACUUUGAAUGUCAGUUCUUUGUGAAAGCUUCCCAUUGCAUUAUUAAUAUGAACACAUGUGAAUUGGGAAUGUUUGGGACUUUUCUGAAAGAAAGUCCUGCUUAAUAAUAAUAAUAACAAUAAUAAUAAUACACUAUUUAUAUUCUGCCCUUCUCCCAUAGGGGACUCAGAGCGGAUUACAACAUUUUACAUAGGCAAACACUCAAUGCCUUUACAGUCAAAAACAAUGAGACAUACAAACAAAGGCAAGGCUUCUCCUUUCAUUUCCGGCUUUCUGGAAGCUCAUAUCUGGCUCCGGGGAGGUGCUUUCUCCAUUUUCAAGCCGAGAUGUGGCCAGCAAGAUUGCUUGAAGCAUCUCUUUGCCUUUUCCCACAGAAGCGGCACCUAUUUAUCUACUGACAUUUGAAUGUUUUCAAACUACUAGGUUGACAGGAGCUAGGGCUUGACAGACGGGAGCUCAUCCCGUCUCCUGGCUUCGAUCUGCCUACCUUCAGGUCAGCAGUUCAGCUAACCUUCGGGUCUUCAGUUCAGCCAACUUUCAGAUCAGCAGUUCAGCAGCACAAGGGUUUAAACCAUUGCGCCACCACAGCCCCACAAAGACUUAAUCUUGGGAAGCCUUCCAUAUAAUUGCAUUGUUAAUGGUACUGUCUUUUACGCAAUUCAGUUUUUCAGUGACUUAUAGAACAGCUUGAGUCUUUUCACUGAAACUUUAGAAACAGUUAGCCAAUGUAUGACAAUUGAGGGACUGGUGUUAAAAUCCAAAUGAUAGCAAUUUAUGCUUCUCUACAAAUAUUGCUAAUGAGAUCCCCUUUAAUUAAAAAUACAAAACUAGUAUCAAAAUACAUACAGUCUUAAGCUGACAUGGAGAAGUAUCACAAAGAAUAAAAUACUACAAAUGCUAAGCUUUACUUCGAGGGCUUGUUAUUGUCAAUACAUCAUGUUGAUAAAAAACAUUCAUUGUACAACUGAACUAUAAACAAACAAAUUUUAAUUCAAAGGAACAAUGCUAUAAUCAUAACAAGUCUUCUCAAACUGUGAUAUUUUAAAAAACCAGAGACUUCAUUGUGUUCCCUUAUGUAUGUUCAUAUCCUAUUGUGUUGAAGGCCUCUUCCAUAUAGCUAAAUAAAAUCCCACAUUAUCUGCUUUAUACCGGAAUAUAUGGCAGUGUAGACUCAGAUAACUCAGUUCAAAGCAAAUAUUCUGGGUUAUAUGGCUGUGUGGAAGGGCCUUAUGAAUCCACAGACCUCAUUGCUGGAAGUAACUUGUCCUGGGCAUGAAGAAAUUGAUAGAAGAAACAUACUUUACCUGAGAACCAUGAGUAGAUUUCAGAAAUAUUACAGUAUAUACUGGGCAUAUAAUCUAUUAUCUCAUAUUAAUAAAUGCUCUGUAUACAUCUAGAUUAAUCUAUAUGAUGGAUACAUAUAGAAUGAUUAAGCUAUUAAAAAGGCAUAAAAAGAGGCUUUGGGAACCUUUCAUGCACACACAAGAUGUGAUGAAAUAUUUCUGGACUUGGAAUUGUUAGAAAUGGAUCAGUAUCUCAAGAUUCACCUCCUGAAGUAUAGAAGUAUGUUUGCAAGAGAGCGUAGCAGAAACCUGUGGUAGUAACUUCACAACAUUGUUUUGGUUGAUUUCAAAGACUACUGAAUGUGAUCUGCUUAUUAUUUUCUGUCUUGUAAAACAGGAGACUUUGCUAAUGAUAAAAUGUUUGGAGGCAUACAUUCUCUUGAUUUGAACUCUUCACAGUAAACAGCAAAAUACGUACUUCAUAUAUGAACCGAACAUUAUGUAUCUCAGUGUCUUUGCUUAUGUAGUUUCCUUGCAACUUUAAACUCUUUGCUUGACCAUAUGUUUUUGUUUCAGUUUUUCCUUUUAAUUUGAAACUAACUGUAUGUCACAUACUUUGUGUAUAGAAUAUAUAGUUUCAUUGCUGUGUGAUAUAUGUUUUAUACAGGACAGGAUGGAUCCAGAAUCUACCUUCUGCUCAAAGAAGAUCUGCACUGUAGAAUUAAUGCAGUUUGACACCACUUUAACAGCCAUGGCUCAAUGCUGGAGAAUCCUGGGAUUUUUGGGUAGGUGAGGCACCAGGACACUUUGGCAAGUCAGGCUAAAUACCAUACAAAACUACAGCUCCCUUUUUUCCCAUUUAAGGAGCGACUUGAGAAACUGCAAGUCGCUUCUAGUGUGAGAGAAUUGGCCGUCUGCAAGGACGUUACCCAGGGGACACCCGGAUGGUUUUUGAUGUUUUACCAUCCUUGUGGGAGGCUUCUCUCAUGUCCAAACAUAGGGAGCUGAAGCUGACAGAGGGAGCUCAUCCGCACUCUCCUUGGAUUCGAACCAGCAACCUUCAGGUCAGCAAACCAAUCUUCAUGUUAGCAGUCCUGCUGGCACAAGGGUUUAACCCAUUGCUUCUAUGAUUCCACAGCAUUGCGCCAUGGCAGUUGAGGUGGUGUCAAACUGCAUUGAUUCUACACUGUAGAUGCACCCUUGCUUGCAAGAGUCUGGAGGGACUAAUGUGGGAAGGACAUGCAGGGAAAUCUGGUCAUAGCAGUCUAGUUUAAUGCAACUAUAUCUGGAUCCAACCCAAUAUAUUUGAAUGUUUGCAAAUAGUCCUUAGCAACUAAUUGCAGAACUGACAAAGAGCUUCAAUUUUUUCAUUGCUGCCAUAAUAAAACCGUUGCAUUUUCCAGGGUGGCGCCAUAUCUGAAAUAGAAUUUUUCAAUGAUACUGACAAUCCUGCAAAUGAUCAUAGUGCAAUUUUCUUUAUAAGUAAUUUCACUUUAAAGCCCAAGCAGAAGUUUCUUCUUAAGUCUCUCUUUCUCUUCUCUUUUCUAUGAAGUGUUGUUUUCGGAAGAUGACUCUAGCUGACUUUAAGCUUCUUGCAACAAAGGAAUUUUCCUCUGUAUGUGUUUUAUUCAUUAAUGAAUCUAAUAAUUUCUAGGUCUGGUGGAGUGAGACCUUCAGAUGAGACUGCAUUUUGUUGUUUGUAUUUACUGGCAAUUCCACAAUAACAAGUACUUGAUUACUUAAAAUUGUUAUUUUGCUAGAAUGAUGAGCCUUACUGAUAUCCAUAGAUUUUACUUGUAACUUCUAAAACUAAGGAGAACUAUAAAGAAAAGUUUACAUGAACGACAGUUGCACUUUCUGUUUAUGAAUGAGCGUUGCUUUUUAAAAAAUAUCUAUUGAAUGCAUGUAUGAGGAAGGAAGGAAAAUAUUUCUGGGGCAAAAAUGUUCUUGCUCUAAUUAUGAAAAUAAAACAUUACAUGAAUUACACUA